AAGACCAGUAAUUACCAGUACUAAGAACACCAUCCCUCCUUAAGUUGCGCAGUAUGGGUUGUCACGACCUGCUAGAAGGUACGAUUAGGGUCAUCCUGUUCGGACUCAACUUCUGCACCCUGCUAGCUGGUGGGGUGCUACUAGGGUGUGGAGUUUACGUAAAGAUGAGUGUCAAUGAGUUUACUGAUAUGAACGAUGUUACCGCUAUUGACAUUGCAGCAUAUUUCCUGAUAGCUCUGGGAUGUUUGGUUGUGGUAUUGUCCUUGUUCGGGUGUUUAGGAGCCUGUCUGCAAAACCACGUGCUACUAGCCUUCUACUUCACUCUAAUGCUGAUCUUACUGCUGCUGGAGAUAGCUAUAGGGAUUCUAUACGCAGUGGAGAGGAAUGUAAUUGAGAAACAGAUUGACGAGGCAGUCAAAGACACCAUUGAAAACUUUGGAGAUGGUACCAGCAGUGCUGACCAAGCUGUGGACGCUAUCCAGGAUCUGCUACAGUGCUGUGGUUACAACGACAAGUCCGACUAUAAGAAGAGUGCCCUCUUCUUUCCUAGCUCCUGUUGUGAAGGAGAUCCUGACACUUGCCUAGAAGUAAUGGCUUACGAUACCGGCUGUAAGGCUAAGAUAAACUCAUUUCUGGCAUCCCAAUCAGUACUAGUAAUAGUGGUAGUUUGCAGUGUAGCUGUACUAGAGAUACUCACGAUGCUGGCUGCUUGUUAUCUUCGUCAGAGGGAACUCAGGGAUAUCAACGAAGAACCUUACUCUAUGUGAUAAACAUUAUCACAGAUAUGACAGCUUUAAAGUACCUGCCUGCACAAUAUCCGAACUCUGACCCCCAAAUGGUUUUUGUGAUAGAACCAUGUACAUAGACAUGAUCAUAACACGUCACGUGACGGGACAAUAACGCGUUACACUUCACGUGACGUCACAAUAACGCGUUACACGUCACGUGACGUCACAAUAACGCGUUACAAGUUACAUUUGCGAACGAUCACGCGACAGAAGCAUUGUGGCAGGUCUAAGGUUUUUUGCCAAGUACAAUGCUGCCAAACUGAUAAUAUUUGAUAACUCAUUCAAGUUGGGAUUUCAAGUUUGAUAAGAUACGCCAAGAUAAGCUUGUAUCUUGGUGCCUGUCCAAAUCCAACAUUAUGGAUUUUAUCAAUUCAUUCAAAUAUAAUUAUGAUUAUUAAAUUUACUGAUCAAUAUGCUGAAAAUAAUUCUCCUUAUUUUGCAACAAAAAUAGAUAUAAUUUAAUUAGUUUGGUUUUUAUGUCAUAUUGUGUUGUGUAAGAUUUUAACGUGAAAUUGGAGUGACUAUUGAUGUAUUUGAUUAUGUUAUUUAAGAUUGAUAAAUUUGUUUUUUCUUACAAUUGACAAAAUUAUAAAAUAAGUUUUUCGCUGAUCUAUGUUAACU